UUUGGGAGCUUGAAGAAGCGCGUAAGGAGGCGACCGAUGAGGAUGGAGAAGAGCGGAUACGAUAUUGACCAUACUGGUUUUCUUUGUAGAAACAUGCGAACGCAUAGCUUCGACACCUCUUUUGCCGAGCUCGGCGACAACAGAUUACAUUGCGCUGCAGCAACGCCAAAUCCGAUCGUCAAGAGAAUUGAAAUCGAAGCCUGUAUCGCACCCGUGAAUGGUGGAAGGAGUUCAGAAACGGAAAUACCCAUGGUGAGAAGAUCAACGUCGAGUAUGUGUUCUUGGACGACGAUGAAUGCUCAACUGGGCCUUAAGUACGGGGCCAGGGAAGCGGAUCCUACCAUUGCCAUCGCUGCUGUCUCACACGCGACACAAGCCGCGUUCUUGGACAAUGACGUCGCUACAGCGGGGCGACGUUCAAGACGCCAAUCCCACACCGUUGCGCUAUCCAACGGCCAAAUCUAUCUUUUCCAUGUCCCACGGCUGGACACAUUCCCCCGCAUAUUGUUUCGGCAUCUAAUCACGCAUUGUCGACUCUGUAGAUCUGGUUUGGAACGAGUUUGCGAGAUGGCGAUGAUGAAGUUUGGGGGGAUACAGGAGGUGUUCCGAGGAGCUUGA